GGACACUGCAAUAACAAUAUAUGCAUUGAAUGGUUUAUGGCAUGCUGAAGGACUUGUGGAACAGACAGAGAUGAAGAGUGUGGAAGAAGUGAUAAAGGUUUAUGUGGAUAACUUAAUUUCCAGUAGCUUGGUAAUUGCUUUCAACGAGAUAGGUGAUACCCCGACUUGCCAACUUCAUGAUCUAGUGCAUGAAUUUUGUUUGAUAAAAGCAAGAGAGGAAAAGUUGUUUGACCAGAUAAGUUCAAGUACACCAUCUUUUUGUUCAGAUUUGAUGCCACGUCAAAUUACCAUUCAUUAUAACAGCGGGUUAUUGGGGAUUAACAAUUUUGUCUUGUUUGAUUCAAACAAGAAAAGGCAUUCUGAUGAAUCAAUACUGAUAGCAGAGGACACAAAGUUAGAGAAGUUGAAAAUAUUAGGGCAACUCAUUCUUUCCUAUUCGAAAGAUACAGAGGUUAUUUUCAAAAGGUUUCCCAAUCUUCAAUUGCCUCAGUUUGAACUCAAGGAAUCAUGGGAUUAUUCAACAGAGCAAUACUGGUUCCCGAAAUUGGAUUGCCUAACUGAACUAGAAGACCUCAAUGUAGGUUUUGAAAGUUCAAACACAAAUGACAGUGGGUCCUCUGCAGCCAUAAAUCGGCCAUGGAAUUUUUACUUCCCUUUGAAUCUGAAAAAAUUGCGUCUGGUUGACUUUCCUCUGACAUCCAAUUCACUAUCAACAAUAGCGAGACUGUCCAACCUUGAAGAGUUGUACCUUGGUCAUACAAUCAUCCAUGGGGAAGAAUGGAACAUGGGGGAGGAAGACACCUUUGAGAAUCUCAAAUAUUUGAAGUUGCAUGAAAUGACACUUUCCAAGUGGGAGGUUGGAGAGGAAUCCUUUCCCUCCCUUGAGAAAUUAAAACUGCAGGGAUGUCAUGAGCUUGAGGAGAUUCCACCUAUUUUCGGGGAUAUUAGUUCAUUGAAAAUUAUCAAACUUGUAGAGAGCCCUCAACUUGAAGAUUCUGCUAUGAAAAUUAAGGAAUAUGCUGAAGAUAUGAGGGGAGGAGACGAGCUUCAAAGUCGUUGGCUGGAAGAAUAUCCUGUUAUUUAAGUAGCUUUUAAGCAUUAUGGUUGAAAAGUAGAUUGUAUUUAGAAAACUUUUAA